AUAUAUGUAUGUAUUCCUUCCCGCUUGGUGCAACUUCAUCUUGUCAAGGUUUCUCUUUGUUGAGAGAGCAACUGGUAAUUAACACAGCAGUGUGUUAGGGGGGAGGGCGAGAGAUGGAACUUAAUGAUCAUGGUUUCUUAGAGGAGCUAUUAGCUCUAAGAAGAGAGAGUUGGGAGACCUUCCCUGCUGUAGGAGGAGGCAUGAAUGAGUUGUUCAGUAAUGGGUGGAGUUUUGAUUGUUUUGAAGACAACCCAGGUUUGGUUGUUGGGCCAAAUUCAUCGUUCGAAGGACUCGCGACCGCCAUGUCUACCUCUACUGGUACUGGUUUCGAUGGUUCCUUGAAUGAUGUUUAUUGCCCAUAUGGAGAUGGAUUUUGGAUACCUGAGAUGGAUGAUUCGUCUUCGUACAAGAAGCAAAACGAUACCCCAUCGUUCCCGUCUCAAGAAGAGUACCCAUCCUCGCUCAUGGAGGAUGAUGAACCGGGUCUGCUCGGCGAUGAGCUUCGCAAUUUCGAGGAGAGGCCGACUACCUGCAAGGUUGAGCCCGUCCAAGCUCCCGAGCUUCCUGUUUUCAACAUGGGCCUGUGUUUAGAGAGGAAGAACCGAUCAAAGAAGGUGGAGGGUCAGCCAUCCAAAAAUCUAAUGGCCGAGAGAAGGAGAAGGAAGCGUUUAAACGAUCGUCUUUCGAUGCUCCGGUCGGUGGUUCCUAAGAUCAGCAAGAUGGACAGAACGUCUAUACUUGGAGACACCAUAGACUACAUGAAGGAGCUGCUAGAGAGAAUCAAGAACUUGCAGGAUGAGAUCGAAGUGGGUUCCAAUCAGUUGAACCUGAUGAGCAUUUUCAAGGAGCUAAAACCAAACGAAAUCCUUGUAAGAAACACACCCAAGUUUGAUGUGGAAAGAAGGAACCUAGAUACCCGGAUCGAGAUUUGCUGUGCCGGAAAACCGGGAUUGCUGCUAUCAACCGUAACCACACUGGAAGCACUAGGCCUUGAGAUCCAACAGUGUGUUAUAAGUUGCUUCAAUGAUUUUGCAAUGCAAGCUUCUUGCUCGGAGGAAAUGGAGCAGAGACCAGUAGUUAGUUCCGAAGACAUAAAGCAAGCAUUGUUCAGAAAUGCAGGUUAUGGAGGGCGGUGUCUGUAGAAAUGAAGGAAACAAAACAAGGCAGAAAAGAAAAUGGCUAUUCCAAGAAGACUGAAGCCAGCCAUAAGAGCUUGAUGGAUUGCUGAAUCUCUCUGUAUUUUUUUACCCUUUUUUUAAGUAAGAGAUGGUGCUGUAAUUUUUUGUCUUUCGAAUAAGUGGUUGCUAUUCAUCGGGGACCAUCUCAUCACCCAUUUUUAUGUUUUUUGUGUUUCCUUCCAUUGGGGAUGUUUAUUAUGUAAGGGGUGCUUUUCCUCCACACACCCAAGAGACCCAACUAAAAAAAAAAAAAAAGUGUUUUUAGUUUAA